AUGGCCUACAGACGCUAUGAUUCGACCGUCGUCGCCACGGCGCCCCUUGUCGAUGCAGACGCGUUCCGCGCCCCGUCAGAGCACACUGCCAUGGCAGCAUCGUCGGCUUCACCUCUCGACCAGGCGCGCGAGAAGCAUGCCUCGCGCCGUCUGCCCACCUGGUUCGCCUACCCGCUGUCCAUCAUCCUGAGCCCUGCUCUCAGCGCCCUGCUGUACAGCUUUGUGCCCGACAUCAUGGGCGCCCCUCUUGCUGCCGUGAGCCGUAGCUUGAAUGAGGAGUGGCAGAUUGGUGGUCUGCUUGCCUGGAGACUGCUUGAGAUUACUCUCGGCUGGUACUGCCGCCUCGAUCGUCAACNNUUUGACUUUGUCCAGCUCGCUGGCAUGGCCAACGCGCCUUACUACACCCUCUUGUACCUCUUCUACGGCAUUGGCUUCGAGCCUCUUGCUCUGGCCCUCGUCAUUGACAUGUUCUCUCUGUGGUUCCCCUUCUGGCUCUUGCGCCCUCUCAACUACCACAACGACCUGCGCACCCUGACCACUCCUGGCACCACCAAGGAUUUGGCUGUCGACAAGACCGUCCAGAUGUACAUGACCGCCUUCGCUGCUUCCGUCUAUGCCGCUGUUGUCUACCUCAGUUUGGCCUCGUGGCUGCCCGUCUUCUUGAUCAACACCUUUGAAGAAGUCUUGACCCUCGACUUUGCUCACAAUGCUCUCUUCCCCGUUGUUUUUGCUGCAUGCCUGCCCAUUGGCUGGGCUGCCAAGGACUUCCUCUUCAGCACUUCAACCGUCUAUGCUCGUGCAUUGCCCUCCGAGUUCAAGCAAUUCGACCCCAAGACUGCCACUUUCGCCGACACUCUCAUGUGGAACCUGGGCGUUGACCAGUACUCUAGCAGAGAAAGCGUGCUCUUCAGACGCACCUUUUUGCUUGCCGUCUUCACUGCAGUCCACUCCUUCAUCAGAGUCUUUGCUACCGUCGAGGGUGCCACAGUCUAUGGAGCCGCUGGUUGGUCUGCCUUGUGGAGUGUCGCUGCUCUUGCAGCUGGUACAGGCUUCCUCUAUAUUGGCGACGCUUGA